CUCCCAGAGUGCGGAGCGCCGAGCACCGGCUUGUGGGUUCUGGCGGAGGAGAGAUAGAAGCCGGUCAGGCACGCGGCUUUUCCAGUUGUUUCUGAGAAGAGCGGCCGGCGGCAGGAAGCGGGUGCCGACGGAAAUCACCGCCGGCUUCUUCAGGUUGUACUUCCACAGACACACAUUAACCAGCAGCCAUGCCUUCUGACUUGGCCAAGAAAAAGGCAGCAAAGAAGAAGGAAGCUGCGAAAGCUCGUCAGCGGAAACCCAAGAUGGCAGAUGGGCCAGAGGAAAAUGGUGACGUUGGUGCAGAGGAAGUGGAAAACUCUGAAAGGCCGCAGCUGAACGGCUCUUCUGUUCAUGAUGCAGGAGUGGCGCACAUUACCAAUGAGCUGGAUGACUUUGAGCUGAAGAAAGCAGCAGCCCGAGCAGUCACAGGGGUACUGACCUCGCACCCCAACAGUACGGAUGUUCACAUCAUUAACCUGUCACUCACAUUCCACGGUCAGGAGCUACUGAGUGACACCAAGCUGGAGCUGAAUACUGGCCGCCGUUACGGGCUGAUUGGACUCAAUGGCACUGGUAAAUCCAUGCUGCUGUCUGCUCUAGGUCACCGGGAGUUACCAAUACCAGAACACAUCGACAUUUAUCACCUUACACGGGAGAUGCCACCCAGUGACAAAACACCACUCGAUUGUGUGAUUGAGGUUGAUAAGGAACGUAUUGAAUUAGAGAAAGAGGCAGAGCGUCUGGCCCAUGAAGACUCUGAAUGCGAGAAGCUUUUACAAAUCUAUGAGCGUUUGGAGGAAUUGGAUGCAGACAAGGCAGAAGUGCGAGCAUCACGGAUUCUGCAUGGUCUCGGAUUCUCACCAGCCAUGCAACGGAAGAUGAUGAAGGAUUUUAGUGGAGGCUGGAGGAUGAGAGUGGCACUGGCCAGAGCACUAUUUAUUAAACCCUUCAUGCUGUUGUUAGACGAACCCACUAAUCAUCUUGAUCUGGAUGCCUGUGUGUGGCUAGAAGAAGAACUGAAAUCAUUCUCCAGGAUCCUUGUGCUGAUAUCUCAUUCCCAGGACUUCCUGAAUGGAGUUUGCAACAAUAUCAUUCACAUGCACAACCGCAAGCUCAAGUAUUACACAGGUAACUAUGACCAAUAUGUGAAGACCAGGCUGGAACUGGAGGAGAACCAGAUGAAACGGUUCAACUGGGAACAAGAUCAGAUCUCACACAUGAAGAACUACAUUGCACGUUUCGGACAUGGCAGUGCCAAGUUAGCUCGACAAGCUCAGAGCAAAGAGAAGACCCUGCAGAAGAUGAUGGCCUCUGGGCUGACAGAGAAAGUUGUCAGCGACAAGACUUUAUCAUUCUGUUUCCCCUCCUGUGGGAAGAUUCCUCCUCCUGUUAUCAUGGUACAGAACGUCAGCUUCAAGUACACAAAUGAUGGGCCAUUGAUCUACCGAAACUUGGAGUUUGGUAUUGAUUUAGACACCAGGGUGGCCCUGGUCGGGCCCAAUGGAGCUGGAAAGUCUACAUUACUCAAACUUCUAGCAGGAGAUCUCUUGCCUUGUGAUGGAAUGAUUCGCAAACACUCACAUGUCAAGAUUGGACGAUACCAUCAGCACUUGCAAGAUCAGUUGGACCUGGAUCUGUCCCCAUUGGAGUACAUGAUGAAAUGUUAUCCAGAAAUCAAGGAGAAGGAAGAAAUGCGGAAAAUUAUUGGGCGCUAUGGGCUCUCUGGGAAGCAGCAGGUGAGCCCUAUCCGAAACCUCUCUGAUGGACAGAAGUGCCGUGUGUGCUUUGCCUGGUUGGCUUGGCAAACCCCACACAUGCUCUUCCUCGACGAGCCUACCAACCAUCUGGACAUUGAGACCAUUGAUGCCCUGGCUGAUGCCAUCAAUGAGUUUGAGGGCGGGAUGAUGCUCGUCAGCCAUGACUUCAGGCUCAUCCAGCAGGUUGCUCAGGAGAUCUGGGUGUGUGAGAAGCAGACAAUCUCCAAGUGGCAAGGGGGGAUCCUAUCAUACAAGGAACAUUUGAAGUCCAAGAUGCUUGGUGACAACCCUCAGAGCAGCAAGAAGACUCCCAGUGUCUGAAAGAUUCUCAGCAAUUUGGCAUCAACAUGAAGCGAAAUUCUUAAAACCAUUACAGAUCAUUCUUUUUCAAAUCCAGGUGGCUUGACACAGCAGUGUGGGCGAGGCUGAGUUCUAAGCAUGCUAGACAAUUGAAAUCGAAUGCAAAGAAUAAAUUGCUGUUCAUACUAUUAGCUUACUGAUCCUAGGGGCUGUCAUCUUCACCUGCUUGGGGAUAGUGGGUAGGAGGUUUUAAAACUAAAACACAGCCCAAUGCUCGUUCCUAUACUCCCGUUAAAUAUUGGGGGAUUUGUCUGCUCACCUUAUCCUGGUGAGGUAGGCGCUGCCUCUCUCUCAUCCCUUAUGUCCUGCUGGAGCAUCACCGCCAUUCAAAAACUUGUGUACAAAAAUCUGGCCCACCUCAAAUAUUUUGGACCACUGCCCUGCAUGAACAUUCAUCCUCUGCACCAACACUGAUGGUUACUUAGGGUUUUACCCACAGCCGUAACCAAACACAGCCCUCGACCUGCUCCUUUCUCAUUGUCUUGAGUCAGUUUAUCCCCUUUGACUGAAGGUUACAGGGGGUUUGCUGUGAGCUGGGCAUUGUGAAUGCUGGGCUACUUAGUGUUUCUCUCAUUAACUUUGUGGCCUCUUCAGUACUCAAUAACCCGGCAAGGUUGCUGUAGUUUGCCAAGAAACACAUUUCUUCCCUUUUUCUUGGGUCCCAACCACAGUCCUAUGCACGUGCUGUAGGAGCCCAGGUGGAGAGCUGAGCUUACUCUACUGUCCCCACCGUGCUGUUUGGCUUUGGGUACAGGACAUUGUGUAUGUUAUGCAGAGGACAGCUGCUCCGUUAAUGCAUAAAGUUUAAACCCAUGUUUCCUGUCCACUUUCCCUUUCCCUCCCUCAAAGUAGGUGGUUAUAAACUGCGCCACAGAUUAUGAUGCUGAUGGCUAAUUCUGAUUAAAGCUCAGAUUAAUAUUG